GAAACCAUCUCACAUCACACUACAAAAACACCUCCUUCCCAAACUACUCUAUAAUCAAAGAAUCUGUCCAUAUCACUAGGACGACCUCAAAAAAAACCACUUAUCAACAACCAUGACCAAACUCCUCUUCUUCCUCGCCGCCCUAACGUCCCUCAGCACCGUCAACGGCUUCACACUCAGCCCCUACGGCUCCGCUAAAUGCAGUGGACGAGCAAACGGCAAACAGGAGUACAACCCCGGCGACGGCUGCCGUCGCGAAUUCGCCGGCGUCACAUCGAGCGUUGUCAUUCAACGCGAUGAUGCCAAGGACAAUAACCAUGUCGUUGUCUUCUUCAAGUCGGACGAUUGCAGACCGGAUGAGGAUAAUAUCAUUGUGUGGAAGGAUGAUAAGGGGUGUCAGGAUGUUGGGUAUGGGUCGUUUGAGGUUUGGGAUUUGGGUGAUUUGGAUGGGUAGGGUGGAGGUUGAUGAGUUGGUAUCUGGUGGUUUUUUGUGUCUG